AUGGAGGAUUAUAAAUACCUCUUCAAAGUUGUUUUAGUUGGAAAUGCGGGAGUUGGGAAAACUUGCCUCGUUAGGAAGUUUACACAGGGUAUCUUCCCCCCUGGCCAAAGUGCAACAAUCGGAGUGGACUUUAUGAUAAAGACUGUCAAAGUGGAUGAUGAAAAGAUAAAACUUCAAAUAUGGGACACUGCUGGUCAGGAACGAUUUAGAUCGAUAACUCAAAGUUAUUAUCGUAGUGCUCACGCUAUAGUUUUAGUUUAUGAUGUAGCUUGUCAGCCGUCGUUUGAUUGUCUGCCAGAAUGGCUUGCAGAGAUUGAAUCUUAUGCAAAUCGCCGCGUUCUGAAGAUUCUUGUUGGCAAUAAAGUAGAUAAGGGAGACGAAAGAGAAGUGCCGGAGAGAAUUGGUAAAGACUUCUCAGACGUUAAUAAUUUUGAUUACUUCCUUGAGACGUCCGCCUUGGAUGCUACAAAUGUUGAUCGACUAUUCGAACAUGUAGCUAGUCGGUUAGCUCACGAUAUGAAGGCUUCUGAUCAAAGGUAUUCAAACUAUAAGUCGGAACCUAGUGGAGGGGCAGGUUCUCAGGCAGUUAAUCUGCUAUCUAAAGCUCAAGUGCAGUUGAAUAACUGUUGUGGGCGAACAUGA